AAAUAAAUCGAUACUUUCGGCCAACCUACCAAUAGUUAAGUACCAAUAAAGCGAGGGAUGAUGAUAUUGAUGGAGAAAAUAUAAAAUGAUUUUGUGCCUCCGAUUGAUAUCAAAACCAUAGCUACUCGCACUGGGAAUGAUGGUUAACGAAAACUUGGAAUAGUUUGAUAAAAGGAAGAUGUUGGACAAGCGCCACAGUGUCUCAGUGCGAAUAAAUAAACAUUCGUUGUCAGACGGUCUGACUUUAACAAUGAAUAGUCCACAUCAGAAGGAGCAGGUGUUUACUGUGCACGUUGCCUGGGGUUGGUUGGUGGUGUUGGCAGUGUUGGUAGGUGCAUCAUCGAAUAGCCUAAACAACACGUAUCCUGUGUCCUGUGUCCUUUUCACCUGGUUGAAAUUCCAAUAUUGGGUGUCCUUUCUUUUUCUUCAACACAUGAUAUUCUUUGGCUUCAACAUUGAAAGUUACAAUCGGUACAAUUACCUUUAAAUGUUGGGUACAUACCCACCUAGGUUAGGUAGGUACCUGGUAGGUAAUUAGUACCUAGUACCAUAUGGAUGGCAUUGGAUGCUGAGAGAGCUAGAGGUACUUGGUAACAAUCGACUAUACGUAUGAGC